GUUCCGUUCCGCUUCGCUCCUGCUCCCCGGUCCACCGCGAUGGCGUCGCUCACCGUGAAGGCCUACCUCCUGGGCAAGGAGGACUCGGCGCGCGAGAUCCGCCGCUUCAGCUUCUGCUUCAGCCUCGAGCCCGAGGCGGAAGCCGAGGCCGCGGCUGGCCCAGGGCCCUGCGAGCGGCUGCUGAACCGGGUGGCCGCCCUGUUCCCCGCGCUGCGGCCCGGCGGCUUCCAUGCGCACUACCGUGAUGAGGAUGGGGACUUGGUUGCCUUUUCCAGUGAUGAGGAACUGACAAUGGCCAUGUCCUACGUAAAGGAUGACAUCUUCCGGAUCUACAUUAAAGAGAAGAAGGAGUGCCGGCGGGACCACCGCCCCCCGUGUGCUCAGGAGCUGCCUCGCAAUAUGGUGCACCCCAAUGUCAUCUGCGAUGGGUGCAAUGGGCCCGUGGUGGGAACCCGCUACAAGUGCAGCGUUUGUCCGGACUAUGACCUGUGUGGCGCCUGCGAAGGGAAGGGCAUGCACAGGGAACACAGCAAGCUGGUGUUCCCCAGCCCCUUCGGGCACCACUCGGAGGGCUUCUCUCACAGCCGCUGGUUCCGGAAGCUGAAACAUGGGCAUUUUAGGUGGCCUGGCUGGGAGAUGGGCCCACCAGGGAACUGGAGCCCGCGUCCUCCUCGAGCGGGGGAUGCCCGCCCCAGCCCCCCAGCGGAAUCAGCUGGUCCAUCGGAGGAUCCCAGUGUGAAUUUCCUAAAGAACGUAGGGGAGAGUGUGGCAGCUGCUCUCAGCCCUCUGGGCAUUGAAGUUGAUAUUGAUGUGGAACAUGGAGGGAAAAGAAGCCGCCUGACACCCAUGUCUCCAGAGAGCUCUAGCACAGAAGAGAAGUGCAGCUCUCAGCCCAGCAGCUGCUCUUCUGAGCCCAUCAAACUGGAUGGGAAUAUGGAGGGCACGGAGCAGUCUCUGGCAGAGCAAAUGAAGAAGAUAGCCCUGGAGUCCGCAGGGCAGCCUGAGGAACAGAUGGAGUCUGAUAACUGUUCAGGAGGAGAUGAUGACUGGACUCACUUAUCUUCAAAAGAAGUGGACCCGUCUACAGGUGAACUCCAGUCUCUACAGAUGCCAGAAUCUGAAGGGCCAAGCUCUCUGGACCGUUCCCAGGAAGGACCCACAGGACUGAAGGAAGCUGCUUUGUACCCCCAUCUCCCACCAGAGGCUGACCCCCGGCUGAUUGAGUCCCUCUCCCAGAUGCUGUCCAUGGGUUUCUCUGAUGAAGGCGGCUGGCUCACCAGGCUCCUGCAGACCAAGAACUAUGACAUCGGGGCUGCUCUGGACACCAUCCAGUACUCAAAGCACCCACCACCCUUGUGACCAUAUUUGCUCAUCUAUUCCACGUCCCUUUUUCAUCUCAUAGUUGUGUUGAACUAGUGUAGAACAGCAAGACCUUUGUAAGAGCCUGUUUCUCUGCUUUCUUCUUCCAGAAUCUGGGGGGCGGGGAUGCAUGAAGCCAUUUAGGGCAGUAGAACAGGUGAUGGGGUGGGGGCGGGUUCCAAGUGUGCUGAUAUCUGAGAAACAAAACCCUCUUCCUGGUCCAGAGCGAGCCCUGCUGCCCCUGCUGGGGAGGAGGCUGCAGCACACUUGUGCUCUCACCCCACCGUUACACCAGCAGUCCAGAUUAUAUCUUGCCUAAUGGCCAUCUGCUUUUUCUUUUUUAAAAAAAUGGCUAAUAGUACGCUGAAAUUGUUUAUUUUCUGCUAGACAACUGAUAUUCUGAUUUUUCAAUAGAGUUCGGCCAGCCUUUUGUCAGGGAGCCAGCAGAGGAGGCUGGGACAGCCUGCACUGUGGGAACGCUCCAGGCGAUGGAGAGGGCUUGUAAUGGGAAAUGCCUGAUGUUGGUUUUCACUGGAUACUGCCUCUUUGUUUCAUAAUCACCAGCGUUCUCUCACUUCCAAAUGUGUCAACUGCUUUUAAAAUUAAAACCCUUUGUAGCCAUCCAAUUAUCAUAUUUGUAAACGACCUAUAAUUAAAUGGUAUAAGCACUUUAAUCAACAA